AUGGAAGCUGCAAAACAAAAGCGUGUAAAUGUUGAAAAGGCACAGAACUUCAUGCGCCAGUACAGAGAUCCAGAAUCUCGUGAGCUCAAAAAAUUAUCAGCUCAUCAAUUUAUGGAUGUUUGGAGCCAUUAUGAUAAGGAUGGAAACGGUUUCAUUGAAGGAACGGAACUGGAUGGAUUUCUUCGAGAGUUUGUAGCAAGCGCAAAUCCAACAGAAGUGAAUUCUGAGGCUCUUACAGAUGAAAUGUUAGAUGAAUUGAAAUCAUGCUUCCUUGAAGCUUACGAUGAUAAUCAAGAUGGAAAAAUUGAUAUUCGCGAACUAGCUCAACUCUUGCCAAUGGAAGAGAACUUCCUUCUUCUCUUCCGUUUUGAUAAUCCACUUGAGUCAAGUGUUGAAUUUAUGAAAAUUUGGCGUGAAUAUGAUUCAGAUAAUAGCGGAUAUAUUGAAGCCGAUGAAUUGAAGAAUUUCCUUCGUGAUCUAUUAAAGGAAGCUAAGCACAACAAUGAUGUCUCAGAAGAAAGACUUAUUGAAUAUACUCUUUUUCAGCUACAAGUGUUUGACGCAAAUAAAGAUGGGAGACUUCAAUUGAGUGAGAUGGCAAAAUUGCUUCCGGUUAAAGAAAAUUUCUUAUGUCGUCAGGUAUUCAAGGGUGCCAAGAAUUUGACAAAGGAGGAUAUAGAGAGCGUUUUCUCCCUUUAUGAUAGGGAUAAUAAUGGAUCCAUUGAAAAUGAAGAGUUGCGAGGAUUUCUCAAAGAUUUAUUGGAACUCGCAAAGAAGGAUUAUGAUGCUUCGGACCUGAAGGAUUUUGAGGAAACAAUUCUACAAGGUGUAGGAUAUGAUAAGGAUGGCAAAAUCUCGAGAAAGGAACUGACAAUGAUCCUCUUAACACUCGCAAAGAUUCCACCAAAUGAGCAAUAA